AUGCUCGCCCGGCGGUGGCUCGUUUUGGCCACCACCCUUGGUGGAAACGGAGACGAGGAGUUGCGCUUCGGGGAGGAGCGAUGGCAGGUGGAUCGGCGCUUCCGUGAUCUCUUUCAGCUGCACCAGCUGCUCCGGUCCUCGAGCCUCUUUGCCGAUGGCACGGGCCGGUUUCCUGGCCUGCCGAGCCGCAGGGCUUAUGGCUUGGGAAAGUGGAUCUUUGGGAAGGAAGAUGACCGAUUCAUCGCAGAAAGGCAGAGGGAGUUUCAGCAAUACUUGGAUGCUUUGAUAUGUUUGGAUCCCACUUUGUCACAUGGUGCGCUUCGAUUAUUUCUGGGACUUCCGGCGUUGCCAUCGAGCAUCAGCUUGGAAAGGGCGCUGGACUUUCACAUACCAGAAGUGAGCUGGAAGACGCCUAGCAAGGUGGACUUGAGACUCUUGCGCAGCCUGGUGAACCGGACCAUCUCGCCUGAGAUGAGAGAGAUCCCGCUCUGCGUCGUGGAGCUGCCGGGUGUGUCGCGACAGAUUUCCCAGGCCGUCGGCUUCGUGGGAAGCCGCAGCUUCCGUGCGGCCUCGCGCUCCGUGGCGCAGAAGCACGGCCAAGGUUCGGGGGAGGACAGCAACGGGAACAGCAGUUGGCCAAGCUGGCCGGUGGCUGUGGAUUUGACCAUCCAGCAGACCUUGCCUGGCCUGCUUUGGUGCUCAAAGAUCUAUGUGUUGAGCGCGUGGAACGGCCGCCCUGAAGCUUUGUCCAUCUUCUGCCCAUCCAGCAGCCGCUUCGAGAAGGUGCCCUUGUUGAAGCACUUGGAUCCCUACUAUGCAGUUGCUUCAAGAGCUGGCAACUUGUACGUCCUGAUGUCUGGUGAGGAUCCUGUCAAAGCUGGGAUUGAGUGGCGCUCGUCAUUCCAUUGUUGGCAGCCAGCGCACGGACAGUGGCGGCGCUUGCCAUCUCGUCCGGGUGAGGAAACCACACGCUUUGCCCUGACAGCAGCAGGCUCAGCAGUGUAUGCCCUGGGAGGCAUUGGGCGCCGUGGCUGCUCCGCGGCCACGGACCGCUUCGACCUCCACCGCGCGCGCUGGGAGGCGCUGCCGCCGCUGGCGUCGCCGCGCUGCGACGCGGCCGCGGUGGCCAAGGGCUCGGUGGUCUUCCUCCUGGGUCGCAUGGCCACGGAGGAGUUGGGUGGUGGCACCGACCGACUUGGGGAAGCCUGUGCGGAUGUGGAGUCUCUGGAUGUUUGGAGCAAAGCCUGGCGUACUGGGCCAUCCCUCUUGGGUCCUCGGCACAGUGGAACCGCCACGAGCACCUCUGACUGCUUGGUCCUCUUUGGUGGCUCUGCAGUUGCAAGGGGCCAUCUCUUGGCGGACGCCGUGUCUCCUCCGGAGCCCGAGUGUCUCAGCCACCGCUGGGACUUCUGGGCCGCGCUGCCGGCGCCGCCGCGCCUCGCGCGGCACGGCUGCGCCGCGGCGGCCGUGGCCGGGAAGGUCUACGUCUUCGGUGGCUAUGAAGCUGAGAUGGCUCACGUCGAUCGAUAUGACACUGAGAGCUUGACAUGGGACACAGUGGACCUGCCGUCGGAGCUUCAGGGUGUUUGCGUGGCAACAGCGGCUGUGUCCUGA